UACUUUGUCUAUGGUUCAUGGAUGACAUGACGUCUGAAAUGUCGCUCUUGUAGGCAAUGAGUAGCAAUUUGAUGCAAAACAUUUUGGUUUUAACAUUUUUUCGUUCAAGUUCGUGUUAAUAUGUAUUAAUAAGAUUGUAUGAGCUUAUACUCGUGUUAGCUGGCGUGACUGAUUUUCGUAUAUAUAAAUAAUUAGGUAUCAAAUCUAGGGCAAUGGAUCUUGAGGACAAUGCAAUGGGUUUAACCCACGAACAGACGGACAAAAUACUUCAAUUUCAAGAUUUAACUGGAAUAGAAGAUAUGUCAAUAUGCAGAGAUGUUCUACAAAGGCAUCAGUGGGAUUUGGAGGUGGCGAUACAGGAACAGUUGAAUAUCAGAGAGGGUCGACCAUCGGUGUUUGCUACUGAGGCUCGCGCGCCUCCCGUAGUACAUGAUCACAUAGCGCAGCAAGUGUUCACAGAUGAGCCUCCAGAGGGCCCCGGUGGUGUGCGAGGACUGUUCCGCUAUGUAGUCAACCUUGUAGUAUCCGUUUGUUAUAGCACAAUAACAUCAGUGCUAAACUUGCUCCUCAGUUUUGUGCGCAAUGAUGACAGGAGAUUGGUGACUGACCCAUUAGGCGAUGUCAUGGGAUUCAUCAACAACUACACCUCCCGUUUCAACCCGCACCCUGUAUUUUACCAGGGCACAUAUGCACAGGCCCUUAAUGAUGCCAAAAACGAGUUGCGCUUCCUUGUUGUAUACCUACACUCUGAGUCAGCUUCGGAGACACAAAACUUCUGCAGGACGACCCUGGCAGAUCCAGAGGUGAUCCAGUACAUAAACACACAUGCCCUGUUCUGGGGUUGCUCAGUGGAGAGCGGCGAGGGUUGGCGCGUGGCUCAGUCGGUGGGCGGGCGUCGCUACCCUCUGCUCUGCGUAGUCUGUGUCCGUGAGCACCGCAUGACGGUGGUGGCGCGCUCUGAAGGUGCCUGCAGCCCACACCAGUUGCUGCAGCGCCUGCGCCGCGUCGUCACUGAUAACGAACCACAUUUAGCAGCUGCCAGGGCUGAUAGAGUGGAGCGUGAAGUGACAGCGCGUCUGCGCGCAGCCCAGGACGAAGCGUACGCGGAGUCACUUGCCGCCGACCAGGAGAAGGAGCGGCGCCGCGCCGCCGACCGAGCCGCCCGCGAACUGCGCGAGCAUCAGGACCUGCAGCGGCGCCAGCAGGAAGAACGUCACAAACUGGAUCUGGUGGCGGCCCGCCAAGCGAUGGCAUCGCGGCUGUCUCCCGAGCCGGCGGCCGGCUCUGGUACUGUAGUACUGCUCAUACGGCUGCCGGGGGGAGAGAGGCUCACUCGACGCUUCACACUCACGCACACUACGCAGGAUCUUUAUGACUUCGUGUUCAGUCACCCACAGUCCCCCGAGGAGUUUGAAAUCACGACCAACUUCCCUAAACGCAUCCUCGCGCGCGGCGCCGACAGCCUCAUGGACGUCGGACUAAAGGACCGCGACGUACUUUUCGUCAACGAUGUUAAUGCAUAAAAUGCGUUAGUGCUCUCAUAUACAUAGUUAGUAACAUCUUGUUGGGAUUGCCAUGGAGUAGUACGCGAAUGAAGUAUAGAAUGAGUGUAGAAGAAUAUUUGUCACCAUGACAGUGGUGGAUCAAAUGUAUUGGCAAAGCCAAGGAGGCAUGGUCGGAAAUUUUCACACAUUAAAUUACUAACAUCGAAUCAUUUAGUUGUCACUAAAAUGUGUUAAAGUUACGAUCAAUUUGUAGAUCAGUUUGGUGGGGUCUCUGUUAAUGUUACAGAGGGUUGGUCAACAGGCAUUUGGGUUGUGAUUGGUUGAUUACUUCAUUUGCUCAUUACUCAAUGUCUAUACGCGUUUGACAGGUCAUCGCGGUUGGUAGUGGAACAUGUACAUAAUACACUGAGCAAGGUACACACACAAUAUGCACAUAAUAUUAAUACUCGUGUUACUCAUAUAACUUAAUGACCAAUGUAAGUAUCUGAUCCUGGACGAAUACCUCUGUCCAAUCUAAAGGAACUUUGAGCAAAUUAUUCCAAUGUACCAUACAAAAGUACUGGCAGUACUUACUCAUUGAAGUCUAUGUAAUUCCGUUCAGUCAGCAAUCGCAAAACUUUUCAUACGCAGCUAUAUAUGCGGGAAACAUUAAUGGGUCAGACCAAUCGACAUUUUAGAAUUAUUUUAAUUUAUUUUAAAUCGUUUUAUUGACAUUAUUUUUAUGGUGAAAAUGUCGAUAAGUUUGUAGUGUGAUUGCUCAGUGUACGGAAUUAUUCAUUUUUAAAUACCAUGACGGUUAAGAGCUAUGGCUUCACACAUUAGUCCCAAUAUUUGAAUCAAAAUUGUCUUUAUUCAGAGAAACAUUGGUUAGUCGCUGUGCACAUUGACAUCCUAGUGUUUUAUCCAACAUACGAGAUCAGUGGGUGAAGCCGCUAUGUGACUGAUAUCCAGACUUAGAACACCCUGGCAACAGGGUAAUUAGUUUUGUACUUAAUUAUAGUACAAUAAGGUUCCCUUUCAUUUGAGUUGCAAUAUCGUCGUUUGUAAUCGCUGGACGAUUGCAAUGUUUUUUUUUGUCCCAUAUUGUAGAACUAUAAUAAUGAUCUGUAGCUGAUAGAUAUAACGAAAUAAUCAUAAUAGAAGUCCGUGAUGUUCAAUUUGUGUCAAUAUUCCAUUAAAAUUAUAUGCAUGUCAAUUGAAUGUCUACUUGAUCCGAAUCCAGGUGAAUAAGGCUGUUGGAGAGGACUAGCCUCUAUAGUUUAACGGCCUUAUACCUUGGACCUGCUUCUUUACACUCCAGUUUAAUGAAUUACAAAUUAGCAGUUGAUGUUUAUACACACGAUAUAACCCUCUAUGUGUAAUUGUGUAGUGUUAAGUUGAACGAAUGUUUAAUAAUAGUCACAUUUUUGACAUAUUAUUGUAAUGCUCAAAUUGUUCAGUACGCGUCCGGGUUCGUUGCACUCAAGAUUGUAACUAGUCGUCGUUACAUUGAUAGCUUCUGUUUAUCGACAAUUUGCGAUAACUAAAUUGAUGUUUUCUAGAAAUUUCUAAAUGUUUUUGACUGAUGAAACAUAUAUUUGUUAUAUCUGUUCCUUCUUUUCUGAUUCUAUUAGAACUUGAACACGUACUGUAAGACUGUGUAUGCAAUAAUGCAAUAUUGGGCAACUAGGUAAUCACGAUGAGACACAUUCGACUUAUCGUUCGAAGUAAACGCGUAUAUCCCACUCUUAUUGUGAUAUUCGUAUGUUGUAUGUAUGUACUAAUAUUGUGUAGGUAUUCUAAACCAAAAUCUGGUAUAAGACAUAAUAUUAUUCGGAAGAUGCGUGGGUUAAUUGCAUAUCAAAUUUUUAUUUUAUUAUUUAAUUCUGGAAAAUUGCUUUUUUUUAAAUAGGAAUGUUCUUGCGCUAGUGAAGACAAAGGUUCUGUCGGUUUUGUUACCUUUUUGUGCACGGCGAAGAUUUGUUUGGGUCGGUACAUUUGUCUUAAAAGCGGGCCAUGUAUGCCGUUGUUUGGUAAAUACUAAUUACUUGUGUUAAGUUUGAAGGAGGACCUCAAAAUUCUUGUAUUAAGAUACCUUACUUUGUAUAUGUCUCGAAGAGGCUCACCCUCCUAGAUUUGAACAAAUUCUCCGUCGUGUAAACCUACAAGUUUAAAAUUAGUUUUGUUCCUUCCAAAAUAUUCAUUUGUAUGACUGUCGAACUUAUACUCUAUAUAAAUAGCUGUAAGUUCGUCUCUAGUAAUAGGUACUUAGGAAUGUAAUUAUAUGUAAUUGAUUCUGUAAUAGAUGUUUAAACAAGUUCUUAAAGCUCAAUCGUACCAAGUUUGCUAAAGGACUAUUGAUAGUCAGAUAGGCAGAUUUGUUCGUAUAUUAAAUAAACCUAUAUGUCUAUACCAUAUCCAAGACAUUAGUUCUUGGUUGGUUCUUGGUUGUCUUCAGAACAAGAACAAAACUAAUUUUAUACGAGGUCUCUAUGUAACCCUUGUAAGUUAUGAUCGAUAUUUUAUAAGGUAGAAAUAAAUAGAUCAAGGUACAUGAUUGUUAUUAUUUUGUCUCGCAUUUUUUGUUUAAAUGUCGCUGCAUUUUUGUUUAAAUGUUGCUGCAUUUUUGUGUAAAUGUUGCUGCAUUUUUGUGUAAAUGUUGCUGCAUUUUUUGAUAAAUGUCGCUUCAUUUUUUGGUUAAAUGUCGCUUCAUUUUUGUUCCCUUUGUUUUUAUGUUUAGAUGUUUUUGAAAUGUAAAUUAUCCUUGAUGUGUUCCAUUAUUGUAACUAUUUUGCAAAUGAUUUAGUACUGACAGGUUUGAAUUUGGAAGAUUUUCUUGUAUAGGAAAGAUGCGGCGCAUUCGGUCAAAGGUUACAUGCAUUUAUUUCUAAAACGAACUGUGUAUUAUAUUGUUUUGUUGUAUUAUAGUCAUGUUUCUUCCUAAA